AUGGAAAAAGAUCGGUAUCAAUUACCGACGAAAAUUCCAACUAGCCUUGGACCGGAAGGUCUUUCAACGGCAGUUACUCCGUUUGCCAAUGAAAAUCAGCGCUAUGACCUAAGUGAAGACUUACCGAAACUCCCAGCAAUCCAGAUACCACUCUUUACCGGUCUUAGUAAAGAAUGGAGCCAAUUCAUUGAAUUAUUCAAAUCAGUCAUUCACGUGAAUAGAACUCUAAAAAAUAUCCAAAAAUUACAAUACUUGCUGGGUUAUCUUCGAGGAGAAGCGAAAGAAGCCGUGGCACAUCUCCAGCUCACAAGUAGCAAUUACGAAGCUGCGCUUCUUAUUCUGGAAGAACGUUUCUCCAACCCUCGGCAGGUGGCUACCGAAUACCUAGAUUCAAUACUGGACAUUAAAAAGCUGGAUUAUAGAUCCACAAACGAUGUCAUAUCCAUGUACAAUACAAUCAGAAACUGCCUUGCCGGUCUACAAAAUUUGGGGUACGCGACUAGCCAUUGGGAUCCCAUCAUAAUUCGUAUUAUCAUGCGAAAAUUCGACACUGAAACACUCAGAUUUUUCGAAGAAAAUUUGGGCACCAACAAAGAUUUCACAUCCGUCGAAAAUCUAUGCUCUUUUCUACUGAAGAGAUAUCAACUAUUAUCCACAAUAAAACAAAAGCCCACAAUUUUCGAAAACAAAAAUAAUUUUACUCACCCGCAACAAAAGAAAAAAUCGUUUCUCGUAUCUGCUACCGCAAAACCCAAUUGCAUUCUCUGUAAGGGUAAACAUAGACUAUUUGCUUGCGAGAAAUUCAAGCAAUUCGAGGUCGAAAAACGAAUUGAUUUUGCAAACAGCAAAAAUUUAUGUCUAAACUGCUUGUCACAUGGAAACAGUUUACAAUGCAAAAGUAAAUUGCAUUGUUUCGAGUGCAAUGGCCCGCAUCAUACAUUGCUUCAUAAAAAUUCUCCAAUAAAUUCUAAUUUUGCAACUAAACAAAAAAAUUCGCAAAAAACAUAUACGGUCAUACUAGCCACUGCACUAAUCAAGGUGAACAAUAAGACCGGCGGUCAAGUUACCAUCCGAACGUUAAUUGACCCCGGUUCACAAAUUUAA